AUGGAUAAUGUUUCCUUCAUAAAAUUGUUUUUUCUCUCCGGCUUAAACGAAACAAUGAACAGCCGAGUUGCUCUCUUUUCUCUCACUUUGCUGUGUUACGGUUUGGUUUUGCUGGUUAAUGUUUCUCUUAUUGUGAUCAUCAUCUUGGAUAAAAAACUGCAUGAACCAAUGUAUAUUCUAUUGUGCACUUUUUGCAUGAAUGGACUUUAUGGGACAGCAGGUUUCUACCCCAAGUUUCUCAUUGAUCUGCUUUCUCCUGCUCAUGUCAUCUCUUAUUCUGGAUGCCUUAUUCAGGCUCUAGUAAUUUACUCAUUUGCCUGCGGGGAUCUGUCCAUUCUAGCAGUCAUGGCGUAUGACAGAUAUGUGGCUAUAUGUCGACCGCUGCAGUACCACUCUAUCAUGUCAAAGAAAAGACUCACUAAGUUGGUGUGUUUCUCUUGGUUAACACCUUUUUGCAUUAUCGCCACAAAUAUUUUCCUGACGUCUAGAUUGAAGUUAUGCAGCCCGUAUAUUGCCAGACUCUUUUGUGUGAACUGGAUCAUUGUUGAACUUGCUUGUUUCCCAGCUGAAACUACAGUUAACAACAUAGUUGCAUACAUAACGAUAAUCAUUUAUGUCUUUCAUGGCGUGUUCAUAGUUUGGUCCUACAUGUAUCUCAUUAAAACAUGUGUGGAUUCUGUAGAAAACAGGGCAAAGUUCAUGCAAACAUGCGUGCCACAUUUAACCUCCUUACUCACUUUUCUUUUGACUGUCAUUUUUGAUAUAAUGCUCAUACGCUAUGGUUCUAACGAUUUACCUCAAGCGUUUCGAAACUUUGUCGCGAUAGAAUUUCUUGUCAUACCUCCUAUUGUGAAUCCUCUCAUUUAUGGUUUUAAAUUGUCCAAAAUUCGAAACAGAAUUAUUUUUGUCACUAUUAAACAUAAAUAA